CCCUUUUGAGUUCUCUCCCACUCCAACUUCAUGUACUAUUGCUCCGGUGACCCCUGUGCCUUCCGCCGCCGGUGCCGACGACGAGUUAAAGCUGCCUGAAGCGCAACACCCGCUGCCUGUUCGACGGAAUGCCUCAGGGGAGCAGGAACGAGAUAGCCUCCACGGAGAGCGGGCCGGACCUGAUCAGCGCCCUCCUGGACGAGACCAUCCACCACGUGCUUGGCUUCCUCCCCGCAGAGGAGGCCGUGCGGACGAGCGUCCUCGGCAGGGGUUGGCGCCACCAUUGGAAGUCCAUGCACAGCCUCCAGAUCGGCGCCACCAAUGGUGGUGUUUUAAACUCUUUAAACUCCGUGACGAGGCUGACGAAUCUGGUGGACCGCGUGCUACUCAAUCGCCAUGUGCCUCUUGAAGAGUGCCAUAUCAAUUUUGAAGGAUUCGAUGAAGCCCAUGAUGUGGAUGUCGACCGCUGGAUUCGACACUCUGUGUCCAAGUGCCAUGUUCGCGUGCUCAUAGUUGACUUUGGCAUGCUCUUUUGUUCGAAGAUCCAAGGCAGGCCUAUCGUCUCUGGGUACUUGAAGAGAUUAGAGCUUCACGGUCUAAGGGUGGAAGGUGACAUUCUUGAUCUUUCAUGUUGUACAGCACUGGAGGAUCUACGGCUGUCCUAUUGCGACAUCAGUGCACCCAAUAUUUCAUCCAAGUCUGUAAAGCGCUUGAUGAUCACCACAUGCGCUUUCUACGGGAGGGAUGGCCCGACGUGUAUUUCUACCCCAAAUAUCAUUUAUCUGAAACUAGACGACAACUUUGAUCCAAUUCCUUUCCUUGACUGUAUGCCGUUGCUUGAAACUGCGUUUGUGAGGCUGUUCAACGACUACCCUACUUCCUGCAAAAAAUGUGAUAACAAUGAACACUUUUGCCUCCUAUGUGAGGAUGGUAGUGCUAAACUUCUUGGAGUUUUGUCAGGCGUGACACACCUGGAAUUGAUUGCUCCUGUUGCAAAGUUCACCGAUUGGAAAUGUCCUACUUUUGGCAAGUUAAAGACUCUCUUGCUCAAUGAAUGGUGUGCGACAAUUAACCUUGGUGCAUUAGUUUCUAUGCUCCAAUACUCGCCUUUUCUUGAGAAACUCACUCUUCAACUAAAUGAGGGACCCACACAAACGAUGUUGUUGGAAGAAAUCUACUGUACAAACCAAUCGCCUGCAAUAUCCAAACUCCUCAAUGUAAUUGAAAUCAGAUGCGUCAGGGUUGAUGAGAGGGUUUACAAGAUUAUAAAGAUGUUGAGUACAUUUGACCUACAGAUUAACAUCAUGAGGACUAGCAGACAAACCAGGCGUUUCAGCUUUGAGAGGUCAGAUAAUCUGGGGUGUUGAAGUAUCUGAUUAUUCACAAACUAAUGAUCACGUAUGCCGGGACAUGGUUUCUGGCUGUUGUGUUUCGCCUAUUUGGGAUAUCCUAUAUUUUGGUUACACCUACAGUAAAAAUGUUGCGUUGGCAGUAUGAGUAGCUGGACGUGGGUUAUUAUACCCUGUUAUUUCUCACACACUUUUAUGUAUGGCUAGUACUUUUGCAGUUACCUGUGCCGACCCGGACGUUCGGAACCUGGCAACGGGCGAGGUCGAUAUCCCAGACGUUGAUUACCGCCGCGAGAUUAGCAUGUACUAUAGCCAGCAGCCUAUACGAAUCAUUUAUCUGUGUUGGUCAGCUUAAUACGCAUGUGUAUACAUCUGUGACACGUAUGCAUACGGGGCUGCUUUAACUGUGAUUUCAGUGCAGGGUGCAGAAACAUUAAAUGUUCUUGGCUAUUAUGC